AGAAGAAAACUUUGUAUAAACUCUUCCACAAGAAAGAAUCUGAAAUACAGUGAAACAAAAAAUAGCCAAGAAAUAGCAAAGAAAAAGGUAGCCAUGGAUGCGGAAGAAGGUACACAACAACCCCAGCUUGUUCUUGCACACAAACUCUUCCUUUUGACACACCCAGAUGUCAAUGACUUGGAUAAAGUUCGCCUCCGUGAAGAAGUUUUGGAAUCUGUUGUCUCCAAUGAUAUGGUUCCGCUGUAUGAAACCCUAGUUGCUAAUGGGGUUUUGACUGUGGAUCAGAAUGUUCUUGAUGCUAUGCGUGCUAAAAUUGCCGAUGAACUCAAAAAACUCGAUGAAAAGAUUGCUGAUGCGGAAGAAAACUUGGGUGAAAGUGAAGUUCGAGAAGCUCAUUUGGCAAAAUCAUUGUUCUACAUUCGGAUUGGUGAUAAGGAGAAAGCACUUGAACAACUCAAGGUGACCGAGGGCAAAACUGUUGCAGUUGGACAAAAGAUGGACUUGGUGUUCUAUACCUUGCAGAUGGGAUUCUUUGACUUGGAUUUUGACCUCAUUUCUAAAAGCAUAGAUAAGGCAAAGAAAUUAUUUGAAGAGGGGGGUGACUGGGAGAGAAAGAACAGGUUGAAGGUGUAUGAAGGGUUGUUCUGCAUGUCCACUCGUAACUUCAAGAAAGCAGCAGAUCUUUUCCUCGAUUCUAUCUCAACUUUUACCACAUAUGAGAUUUUUCCUUAUGAUACUUUCAUAUUUUAUACUGUCCUUACAAGCAUCAUUACCUUGGAUCGGGUUUCCUUGAAACAGAAGGUAGUGGAUGCACCAGAGAUCUUGACAGUUAUAGGAAAGAUCCCAUAUCUCUCUGAGUUCAUGAACUCAUUAUAUGAGUGUCAGUACAAGUCAUUUUUCUCUGCAUUUGCUGGCUUGACGGAGCAUAUUAAGUUGGACCGGUACUUGCAGCCACACUUUAGAUAUUUUAUGAGGGAAGUCAGAAUAGUUGUGUAUUCCCAGUUUCUGGAGUCCUACAAGAGUGUUACAAUUGAGGCCAUGGCCAAGGCUUUUGGGGUCUCUGAAGAUUUCAUCGAUUUGGAACUAUCUCGGUUCAUUGCAGCAGGGAAGUUGCAUUGCAAGAUUGAUAAAGUGGCUGGAGUGUUGGAAACCAAUCGUCCUGAUGCAAAGAAUGCUCUUUACCAGGCAACUAUCAAGCAAGGGGACUUCUUGUUGAAUCGCAUUCAAAAGCUGUCUCGUGUCAUUGAUCUCUGAAUCAGUUAAACCAUCAAGUUUGAAAAUGUUUGGUGGCCUGUAAUUUUUUUUUUCUUCAAUCUCGCGUAGCACUAAUCUGGAUGUGAUUUUCCUUUUCAUUUCGAGCUCGCGGACUACCAUUUAGUAAUUUUAUGAAAUCAAAGAGAUUUUCUCUGUUGGGAUACGCGUAUAUUUUCAAAACAUUCAGAGUAUCUUCUAAAAUCUUAUUUCCUUUCAA